AUGGACCAGCUCCGCGAAGUCUACAACGUUAUGCAAAAGUAUUACCUGCGUCCCGUAAAAACCACGCUAGGCGAAAAGACCUGGGCCGGCGAUGUCUGCAUUGCGAAUCUAGUCAAUACAGAAAGAGAACCCCAGAUCGGCGAGUAUUGGAGUGCAGUGAACUUUUUCAGUGGCCGCGACAUAUUCGGACACCCUGAGCAGGACAUUGACUCAAACAAUCUGGGGCCUGCUGCUGCUGAGAAUUUGUACAAGGAUUGGGACUUUGGCGGGAGUAAAGAGGAGAGUAGGAUGUUCAACGCCGUCUCCAGGUUCCACGCUCGACGGGGUUUGAGUGCAAUCGUGAGCAGAGCUCUGGAGGGUUGCUACUGA